AUGCCCAGGAAACCCACUCCGGCUAGCGACGAGCAGAAACCGCGCUGUGCGAAUUGUGAGGUGAAAGGGUUCGCCUGUAAAUAUGGCACCGACUUGUCCUUUGUGCCACCGCAGUCCGGGCUUGUCUCGGGCGGGGGCCAGGCCUACACGAACAUCACAUUCGUGGACGACACCCCUCUGGCUUCCAACCUGACGGCGAACAAAGAGACGGUCAAAGAUCAACAGCCACCGCCACAGCCAGGCCCUAAUGAUAUACAAAACCUUCAAAAUACCAGGGGCACACCAGGACCUCCUCCUGUUGAAGUGAAAGAUGUUUUCAUGCCCAAUGCUCUUGAUGCUUCUGCAGGGCCGUCGAUUAUACAGAAUAUCCCUGGUCUACUCAUCGGCGACCAAGAACGACCGACACGAGAUACUCGCCUUCUAAACAGUUCCCCGCAUCUAACCUACUCUGUUUCUACAUUCAGUGACCAGCAAGGAACUCUGUCUUCUCCGAGCGCGGGCGGCAAUCUUGAAACAGCUUUGUUGAGACAUUUCCGCUAUCACAUCUCCCCAUGGAUUGAUGUCGGAGAUCCUAGCUGUGCUUUUGGACUGCAGACCCUGCUUCUUUCUCGAACCAGCAGGCCGGUCCAGCUCGCCAUCCUGGCCCUUUCAGCGGCGCAGAGGCUCGCCAUUUCUUCAUUUAUGAACAAUGAAGAUUCGGAGAAUGGGCCCAAGUUUCGAAAGGAAGCUGAGACUAGUCUGAUGAUCGAGCCUGAAUCGAGUAGACAUGCUGGUCGUGCUCUCCUGAUGCUUCAAGACUUCCUUACGGCUGGCCCCCAAAAAUGGAGAGACUUAUUCAUGCAUCUAAGAGGGUUUCACUCCAUAGACCUGGCGGCUUCAAUUAUGUCUUUACAAUCGCCCAUGGUGCCAUUUCGCUCUUUUUUGCGACGAGAUGGCUCACCUAUACACUCUUUGCCGCAACCACCACCGCAAUCCCACUCCGUGCACCGAGUAUAUAAGCAUGUUUUAUGCCUUUUGGGGCAUUGCCUCGCCUUGAUCUACGGAGGCCCAGAAACGGCCACUCCCGCCGCCGCGGGCUCGCCCGAGUUAUCCGCAUUUCCUUCUUUACGCCAAUCCCAUUUUCUGUCUCAGUGGACAUUCCUCUGGUCAGAUUGCCAAAAAUGGUAUAACGACCGACCAGUGGAUGCAGAACAGAUUGUAGACAUCCGCGGCGGCGAGGCCGACAAAAUCGACCCCGAACACUGCUCGUCCUUUCCUAUCCUUAUCUACACCACUCCACUUGCCCUCGCAGCCAAUGCUGUGUAUCAUAUCACUUCCCUCCUAUUGCUCACUCAUAAGCCGCGGCUUUUGAAAUCCCUUCCAGGACCGCGGUGCAUCACUUCCCAUAUCUGGCACGCACAGUCAAUCGCGGGUAUCGCUGCUAGCAAUGACUCGCCGGAGCAGUGGGAUCCUAUACUUGUCGCUAGUCUUCUGCUAAUAGCACGCGAGAUGACCCACGAGUCUCAGCAAUCAGUGCUGCUUGAACGACUACGCAGAAUCACCGCAACAACAGGGAUCAAACUGGAUUGCGAGAUCGAGACACUGAGGUCCGACUGGAAUAUGGCACGCUACGAUGAAGAUGGCGAGGAUGAAGUAGGGUAA